AUGAGUUCUGUGAAUGUGGAUAUCCUUUCCACUUCGCUAAGUACUGGGUACGAUACCGGCGACGACGCCACGCCACAUAGCGUUCCACAUGGUAGUGGGGCUCGCCGUGCUCGUCGAGCAGAGCCGGGGGAGGCCGUGUCUCAGCUGGAUUCCCGCGCUGCGAGUCACCACUCGCCGGAACGGCGUCUGCGUCCUCACGACGUCCUUGACGCGGACGACCACGUUCACCACCCAGCGGUCGGUCUCGAAGAGGUGUUCUACCCCGUGGACUGUUCUUACUACCUAUUGUUGAUUCACAACCAGGUCUCGGACCUUGAACACUCCCCGUGGUUCCACCACUUGCCUUCCGUGGUUUCACCACCUGCUGUCCCGCAGCCGCACGCGGCCUAUCCACUCUCUGCCAAUUCGGCGCCCCGCAACUUCCACGAGCCGGCUUCUGGUACGGCGUGA